AUGGCAGACCCCACCCACCCGCAAACCACAACAACCAUGACCAACCCCGCAACCCAAGACCUCGAAACCACUGGCACCGACCACCAAAAAAAAGAAGCCCUAGCCGCCUUCACCGCAACACUCCACUCAGUCGGCACAAACCUAGAAGCCCCCCUCCUUGACCGCGCAACAACAAUAACCUCCAACGCCGCGGCCCUACAGCGGCAGGAAAACGAGUUAGCGGAGACGACAGCGCGGCUGGCGAGGCAGAAUGCGCAAUGGGCCGGAUUGGCGGAUGAGACGCGUGAUGGGUUGAAGGAGAUUGGGGAUGUGCAGAAUUGGGCGGAGAUGAUUGAGAGGGAUCUUUUGGUUUUGGAAGAUAUGAUGGAUGAUGUUGAGGGGGGUGGAGGGGAGUUAGAGGGGGGGCUGGGGAAGUGGUUCGGACUCGGGGAUGGACGUUGA